GCACAGUGCACCUAAUCGAAUUUUACGUGAAAGUUGGAAACUUUUUUUUUCUAAACGAAAAAUUGCUAUUUUUUAAAUAUAUGCAUAAAUGUAUUGUUUUUCGAGGGAAAUUUAAAAAUCGAUGGAAGUGCCUGUCCUGUGAGAAAGGCCCCGGAGUGAGACAUCAUGUCUGCUGCAACUCUUGGUGACAGAAACAUGUAUAGUCUAUAGUGAUUUUUAACAGCAUGUCAGAAUGUGUUUUCUGAAAUGCUGCAUUGUGCUGUUUAGAGUCAGAAUUGGAAAACUGUAGUUUUUACCACAUCCUAUUGAAUCAGACACCUUUCCAAGUUAACAGAAGACGGAUGUGGUUACAGGCAAUUAGGAGAGAUAAUUGGUCAGAGGAGCGUCAUCUUUGCAGUCAUCUUGGGCCAACAGACUCACCAAAAAAUGUGUCCCAGCAGAACUCUAAGGUGGAGGAGUUGUGGGACGAGCUCAGCCAGGAAGAGGACUGUCUAUAUGGCGCCUCCCCUCCUUGUACCCCCCGUCAGAUGAAACGUAUGUCUGGUAAACACCUAAGAGGCAGUCAGAACAGAGCUGUAGGACGCUCCCCUGUAAAAGAGAAAAUUCUGUCCAGUCCAUCCUCCCAGAGAGAGCAGGAAGGAGCUAAAUCAUAUGAAUAUACUGAGGAGUUCAGUUACAAGCAAGGCAAGAAACACCGCUCCAAUCUACGCUCCAACGAGAGGGACAAAAAGAAGACUUUUGAGGGCUCUUUCAUGUUUGGUCCUCUCUCCAAGUCUGGUCCCUUCAGCACAGUCAACAUGGACCCCAGGAAGCCAUAUCUGAGCUUGGGUCCCGUCACUAUGUCUCAUUCUCUACCCCGUACUCACCGCCAGACUUCGCGGACUGACUGUCCUGCUGACCGCCUAAAGUUCUUUGAGACACUGCGCCUACUUCUCAAACUGACAUCCAUGUCAUCUAAAAAAAAAGAGAAGGAACAGCGGGGCCUGGAGAACACUGCCUUCAUGGGACAGAACAAUGAAGUGAUCUGGUUGGAGCUGCAAGCCUGGCAUGCACGCCGCAGCAUCACUGAACAGGAUCUGUUCCUAUACACAGCCCGCCAGGCUAUCCCUGACAUUAUCAACAAGGUGCUACACUUUAAGGUGGACUACAGCAGCCUGGCCACACCCGAGACUCAACUUGGGUCUGCAGUACACAGAAAUUGUUGCUCAGAAGGGGCUAACUAUGGGACCUGUCCUGGCUCUUGGCUGGAGGUUGAUGCAACAGCCUUGCUGGGUCCAGGUUGGACAUGCAAGGAACACCUGCAGAGGCAGCGUCUGGCCUUUGAACAGGUGAAGGGUGUAAUGGGGUUGCUGGAGUCUGUAGAAGCUCUCUACCCAUCCCUGCAGACUCUGCAGAAGGACUAUGAAAAGUAUGCGGCAAGGGACUUCCAAGGCAGAGUGCAGGCACUUUGCCUAUGGCUUAACAUUACUCAGGACCUGAACCAAAAGCUGCGUGUGAUGGGUACUGUGCUGGGCCUUGGAGACCUUUCUAAUAUUGGCUGGCCUGUGUUUGAGAUUCCCUCACCCCGCUGCUCUCAUGAGAAUGAUGGUGAAGAAGAGGACAAUAAAGAGAAUGACUCCACAACAAACUUCACAGCCAAUACAAGGGACCAUGAUAGGGAUGAGGUAGGGGUCAAAAGGGAUCCCGUGACUUGUUUUUCAUCUAAGUUUACCCAUCAGUUAUCAGAGGAGUUAUUCCCUGUAUGUAGCAGUGAAAUCCAGAGCUGCCCAACAGGCAUCUACAGACCCUUUGUCGACAAGGCACUGAAACAGAUGGGUUUGCGCAAGCUUAUCCUACGACUGCACAAAUUGAUGGACCGCUCAUUACAGAGGUCCCAGACUGCACUGCUGAGCCACAUGCCUGCUCAAGAGUUGUCUGAGGUUCCGGACUGUUCCUUGCUGUACAGUGACUACCUGCCUGAGCUCUCUCGUCACCUGACUGGAUAUGUGGAAGAGGAGUCAGCUUCAGGGCGGGUAUCAUGUGUGGAGCUACAGAAUAUGGACCUACCCUCAUUUCGUCCAGCCUUCUUGGUGCUCUGCCGUGUACUGCUAAACGUCAUUCAUGAGUGCCUCAAACUGCGCCUGGAACAAAGACCUGCUGGAAAGCCCUCACUGCUCAGCAUCAAGCAGUUGGUACGUGAGUGUAAGGAAGUACUGAAAGGUGGGCUCCUGAUGAAACAGUACUACCAGUUUAUGCUACGUGGCAUCAUUUCUGACUCACAAGGACUGCAGACCAAGGCCAACAUUGAUGAGUUUGAGGAAGACCUCCAUGAAAUGCUAGAGGUUUAUUUUGGCUACAUGCGCAGUUGGAUUGAGAUGUUGCAGCAGCUUCCACAAGCUUCCCACAGCCUGAAAAACCUACUUGAGGAGGAGUGGAACUUCACCAAGGUCAUCACUCCGUACAUCCGUGGUGGAGAAGCUCAGUCUGGGAAGCUCUUUUGUGACAUUGCUGGCAUGCUGCUUAGAUCAACUGGGGACUUUCUGGACACAGGCCUUCAGAAGAGUUGUGACGAGUUUUGGGAAAGUGCUGAUGGCAGUACUGCCUUGGAUGAGAUCAGGCGAUCUGUGAUUGAGACAAGUCGCUCUCUAAAAGAGCUUUUCCAUGAGGCUAGGGAGCGGGCGUCUAAAGCACUGGGCUUUGCCAAAAUGCUGCGUAAGGACCUUGAGAUUGCUGCUGACUUCAUCCUAGCCAGUGGAGUGCCUUGCAUCCUCCAAGCUCUGAAACAUAGAAACUAUGUCAAGGUCCAUAUCCCAGGCUUGGAUGAACUACAGGUCUUUGUCCCAUGCGGUCUGAUGGACCAGAGGCUCACCAUCUUGCAGCUGCUGAAUGCAGCAGCAGGGAAGGAGUGCUCCAAGGAACCAGACGAGAUCCCUGAGGAUGAGGCCUACCUUCUCAUGAGCAAGCAUGGAGCUGGGGAUGUGCCUGCUGAGGCCAGCUGGGCCCUGUGGGAUGGGACGGUGGUCAAACUGGUACCACAGAUGGAAACAGCAGAUACCUUGAAGGCAAUGAAGGUGGAGAAUAUGUUACUGAUUGUAAUGCAGUCUGGCCACCUCGUGGCCCAGCGCAAAGCCUUCCAGCAGUCUAUGGGGGAGCUGUUAACUCUAAGGCGUGAGCAGACUUCUAGCCAGCCCCUUAUUGCCAAAGCACUGGAGCAGCUCAAGAAUGAGGCUCUGAACUUGUGCAAUAAGAUUAACAGUGCCAUCGACCGUGUAGAAUACAUGUUCACCUCUGAGUUUGAGGCAGAAGUAGAGGAGUCUGAGUCUGUAACCCUUCAACAGUACUACAGAGAAGCCAUGAUUCAGGGCUACAACUUCGCCUUUGAGUACCAUAAAGAGGUGGUGAGGCUGAUGUCAGGAGAGUUCAGGCAGCGGAUCGGGGAACGCUACAUUGCCUUUGCCCGGAAGUGGAUGAACUAUGUCCUAACAAAAUGUGAGAGUGGAAGAGGUACCCGUCCCAGGUGGGCAACGCAAGGCUUUGAUUUCCUCCAAGCCAUUGAACCUGUUUUCAUCUCUGCACUGCCUGAAGAUGAUUUCCUGAGUCUUCAGGCCUUGAUGAAUGAGUGUAUCGGCCACGUGAUUGGGAAGCCGCACAGCCCUGUGUCUGGUCUGUACCUUGCUCCUCGGAAUAGUCCUCGGCCUGUCAAAGUUCCUCGAUGCCAUAGUGAUCCUCCAAACCCAUCACUGUUCAUUCCUAAUACAGAGGGAGCCAGUGUCCACGAGAAUGACCGUCUUUCAUCAGUGGCAGCUGAAUUGCACUUCAGAUCCCUUAGUCGCCACUCCAGCCCCACAGAAGACAGAGAAGAGCCAUCAUAUCCAAAAGCAGAUCCAACUGCUGCCACCCGCCGUAGUUGGGAACUCCGUAACUUUAUUUGCCAGUCAAAAGACACAGAUGCGUGUCAGAACCCAAUGGAGAUGGUACACCGAGCUAUCCGCUCCUUUGAGGAGAAGCGCUAUGCUGCCCUGAGGCAGCGCAAUGUUAUUGGCCAAGUGUGCAGCACACCCAAAUCCUAUGACAACAUUAUGCAUGUGGGUCUGCGCAAGGUCACCUUUAAAUGGCAGAGAGGCAACAAGAUAGGGGAAGGACAAUAUGGAAAGGUCUACACAUGUAUUAAUGUGGACACAGGUGAACUGAUGGCUAUGAAGGAGAUACGUUUCCAGCCUAAUGACCACAAAACAAUAAAAGAGACUGCAGAUGAGCUGAAAAUCUUUGAAGGAAUUAAACACCCAAACCUGGUCCGUUACUUUGGAGUUGAGCUACAUCGGGAAGAGAUGUAUAUCUUUAUGGAAUAUUGUGAUGAAGGGACCCUGGAGGAGGUUUCCAGACUGGGGCUGCAGGAGCAUGUAAUCCGACUAUACUGCAAGCAGAUCACUACUGCUAUCAAUGUGCUCCAUGAACAUGGCAUUGUGCAUCGUGAUAUUAAAGGAGCCAACAUUUUCCUCACAUCUUCUGGCCUGAUAAAGCUGGGAGACUUUGGCUGCUCGGUCAAGCUAAAAAAUAAUGCUCAUACAAUGCCAGGAGAGGUGAACAGCACACUGGGUACUGCAGCAUACAUGGCUCCUGAGGUCAUCACAAGGGCAAAGGGUGAAGGUCAUGGACGUGCAGCUGACAUCUGGAGUCUUGGCUGUGUUCUUAUUGAGAUGGUCACUGGAAAGAGACCAUGGCAUGAGUAUGAGCACAAUUUUCAGAUCAUGUAUAAGGUGGGCAUGGGACAUAAGCCACCCAUUCCAGAGAAACUGAGCACAGAGGGGAAAGACUUCCUGGCCCACUGUCUAGAGAGUGAGCCCAAAUGCCGUCCGACUGCCAGUGUGUUGCUAGAUCACCCAUUCGUCAAGGUCUGCACAGAUGAAGAAUGAUGCAGCGGUGGCCCUGCGCUUUCUUUAUGUUUACAAAUGCUUGCACUACUAUGUAUGGUAUUCUUAAGGAACUGUGGUACAAGGAACUUAAGGAACAAGUAACAAAGAAAGAUAAAUCUAUCGAUAGCUCAGUGAUUGGUGGUGGUACUUCUUGCAAUGUGUGAGAGCAAGUCUUACAUGUUCAGUUACAGGUUUAAAGGGCCAGUUGGUUGCAUUAAGUCGAAUGGUAGUAGGUAGCUGUGGCACAUUGUACAUAAUGUAAGAAUAAGGUUAAGGUUUAUUUUUCUGUAUAAAGCAUAUUGUAAAGCCACUUGUGUCUCAAUGGAGACAGCAAUUUUGAUUAGUAAGCAACAAGGAAUACAUUUUGGGGGAAAAAGAUCAGAAGGCACUUUUCAUGUUCCCACUCAUAGCACAAAUAAUAAAUGCGAUCAUCAAAGUGGGAGAGAGCUGGAGGAAAUCGCUGUUUAGGGAUUUAUUUGUCCCUUACGCAAAAGAGAAGCUUAAAAAUUAGUCAAGGGAAGUGUUUUUUUUUUCUUAUUGUUGUUGUUUUUAAAUAUUGUAUUUUGUGUUUAAUUCUCCAAGGACAAUUGUUAAAUUUUACGUAAAUCUUUAAAUUGUGCUGUAUUGGUUGACUUUCCCCAAUGGCCAUUGGUAUUCCUUUGAUAUUUGGGUGCAAGAAUGUACUCAGCUGACGAGAAAAUGUUUCACUUCCUCUCUAAAGCAUGAACACACAUCAACUCCCUCCACAACUGCCUUAGUAUAAUAUCUGGAGAGAAAAUGUUUCACUUUUAACCUGAUGUUCUCAAUUUGAACAUCUUCAUGUACCAACAAAAUUACUCAAGGAAAUAGUCAUAUGCUAAUUGUAUGCCUAAACCCUAGUAGCCAAUACCUACUAAAACCCAUGCAUCAAUAUUUCUGGUCCUCUGUUAUUCCUACAGUGUUUGCAAUGUAAAGAGCAAUUAAUUAAUAAACAGGUCAGUUUUUA